GCUUCGCUUAAUAGGAUGCAUUUCACUCUCUCUUCCACAGGACGUAAAUGUAUCCACCCAUCCAUCUACUUUCUGAUCCGCUUGAUCCUUACAAGGGUGGCGGGGGCUGGAGCCGAUCCCAGUUGUCUACGGGCAGGAGGCGUGGGACACCCUGAACCGGUUACCGGCCAACCACAGGAAACCGGAUUGCCCGCAGAAAACCCACGCAGGCACGGGGAGACAGAACAUGCCAACUCCACACAGGGAGGCGGAAUCGAACCCGACACCUCUGUACGAGCAGCCAUGAUUAGCCGCAACUUCAAGAACGUGCUGGUGGUGUCGCUGGGUUUUCUGUCUCUCUUCACAGCGUACGGCGGACUCCAAAGCUUGCAGAGCAGCCUGAAUGCGGAGGAGGGCAUGGGAGUGGCGUCUCUGAGUGUCAUCUACGCAUCCAUCAUCCUCUCGUCCAUGUUCCUGCCUCCCCUCAUGAUCAAAAACCUGGGCUGCAAGUGGACCAUCGUGGCCGGCAUGGCCUGCUACGUCUCCUACUCCUUCGGGAACCUCUACCCGGGAUGGUACACUCUCAUUCCAACCUCCGUGAUUCUGGGUUUGGGAGGCUCCCCUCUGUGGUCGGCUAAAUGCACAUACCUGACCAUCUGCGGCAACACGCAGGCGGCCAAGGAGUCCAAGAAGGCGCCGGACGUCAUCAACCAGUACUUUGGCAUCUUCUUCUUCAUCUUUCAGUCGUCCGCCGUGUGGGGCAACCUCAUGUCCUCGCUCAUCUUUGGACAGGACACCAACAUAACGGUCAUUUCCGACCAGCAGCUGCAGACUUGCGGGGCUGGAGACUGCGGCCUGACGAUCACCUCCAACAGCACCACAAGCAGGCCGGCGCAGGAACUGGUGUGGACCCUGGUCGGAUGCUACAUUGGCGUUGGUUUGCUGGCCAUGCUGAUCGUGGCCGUGUUCCUGGACAACAUCGACCACGAGCAGACCAGCCGUUUCCGUGGCAACCGCGAGCCCUUCUGCCACACCUUCCUGGCCACCUUCCGUCUUCUGAAGGACUGGAGGUUGCUCACCCUCAUCCCGCUCACCAUGUACAGCGGCUUUGAGCAGAGCUUCCUGUCUGGAGAGUACACCAAGAACUACGUGACGUGCGCGCUGGGUAUUCACUACGUGGGCUUCGUGAUGAUGUGUUUCGGGGCAUCCAAUUCCCUUUGCUCCUUCCUCUUUGGGCGAUUGGCACGCUACACUGGCAGAGGGGCGCUAUUCUUACUAGCGUCCUUGGCGAACUUCUCGUGCAUUAUCGCACUGUUGUACUGGAGGCCUCAUCCUGACCAGUUGGGUGUGUUCUUUGUGUUUCCCGCUUUGUGGGGAAUGGCCGACGCCAUCUGGCAGACGCAGACGAACGCUCUGUACGGCAUCUUGUUUCCCGCCGAGAAGGAGGCUGCCUUCGCCAACUACCGCAUGUGGGAGUCUUUGGGCUUCGUGAUUGCGUUCGCCUACAGCACCUUCCUGUGUCUGGAGUACAAACUGUACAUCCUGCUGGCCGUGCUACUGCUGACCAUGGUCACCUACCCGGUGGUAGAGUAUCACGAGUACAAGAAUCCCACGAAAGCCGAGGACGGCGGAGAUGACAAAGAAGCCAUCGCCAUGGACAACAGCAAAGUUUACUGCCAGACUCAACUCUGAACGAAUGAACAACGAAUGUAAGGUGCUGCCAUCAUCCCAAUACUCGCCGAACUCUAGAAUGGAAGAACAAACUGCUCACAUCGUCCAAGAUGGGAAGAUGCUUGGCUGAAGAAGUCAACAGUUCUCUUAAAAAUAGAUUUUUUUCUCUGCACAAUCAGAAUGUUAUUCUGCGAAUUUGUUCAGAUCAAUUCUGAUUUUAUUACCAAAAUCAAGUAGAUUUUUUAUUCUGAAUAUAAAGGCAGUACAAUUGCAGUGAAAAAUAUAUAUUUUUUGUAAAACUGAAUACAACUUUAUUCUUAUUUAUAUAUUCAUAAGCAGUUUCCCUGAUUCCGAUCUG